AUGUCUGACGUUCAUAAGAUCGACACCGAGCUCAAGGAGCACAACAGCCACAACUUUGUCGGCAAUGGUGCUGAGCUCAGUCGUCAAGUCACCGUUCAAUUGAGCCCUGAGCAGUACGAACGUCUGUUCUUCCAGCCGUCGGCACCUCGUCGUGGUGAUUUUGCCAAACGAUUCGGUAACCCAACAUUGCUCGGUCUGGUCGGGUUCUUAAUCCCAUACACAUCGACCAUUCUCCUCCUCUGCGGCUUCCAGGGUGGCGUCGCGCCUCAGAGUCUGAUUGGGCUGAGCGGUGAUUACUACUUCUUUGGUUGCAUUGCAAUGAACCUUGCCGGUAUCGCUGAAUUUAUUCUCGGAAACACCUUCCCAAUGGCGGUCUUUAUCAUCUACGGCAGUCACUGGGGCAGUCUUGCAUACCAGCAAGAUCCCAUUCAUCAGACGACAGCUCCCUUUGCCGAGCUGGGUGGCGCCAACGGCGCAGCCUACAAUUCCUCCCAAGGCUUUCAUAAUGUCACAAUGGCGAUCGCAAGCUUCGUUUUCUUCAUGGGCACCUUCCGUGUCAACGUGUUCUUCACGCUGACAUUCUUCGGCCUCAUCAUGCUCUUCUCUUUCAUCGCCGCAGCAGACUUCCGCGUGGCCCACGCCACGAGCGAAGCUGAUGUAGAGCACAUCAACAAGCUACUGCACAUUGCCGGAGGGUUCGGUUUCAUCGGUCUGGUGUGCGGUUGGUAUCUGGCUAUUCUGACCGCUUGCGAAGCUGUCGGCAUUCCGUGCCCACUACCUGUUCUUGACUUGAGCAGCAAGGUGUUCCCGAAGAAAGACACGAGUGCGAAUGCGAAUGGCGAAUGA